AUGGAUGUGCAGAACUUGUAUGCGAAGUGGGAGAAGAGUGAGGUGCUUCGGGACCGAGUUCGAAAGGAGAAGAAACUUUGCCUACACCCAUCUGCCCAAAGUUUUUGUGAGCCCAACAGGGUGAACGCCGUGAACAAUUCUGAGGUGCUAUUGCCAGCAAUUGACAGGUUGAAAGCCAGUGAAGGUUGGCAAUUACCACAUUUAGAACCGCUUCAAGGUGAAAUCUCUCGUUUCUUUGAGAAGGUCGGGGUCGAAAUUGACGACCAGCAGAUCUACAUGACAUCCAUUGAAGUAAAGAAACUCCUAGGAUUCGUGAAAAGGAGAGUGAAACGUCAGGUCACCAAGGACCAGAAGUUCCACGAGUUGCUGCUGGCCCUGGAUCCGACACUCCAGGAGGUCAUUGAUGCAUACAUGGGGUCUUCGGCUGGUGACCAAGAUGAUGCUGACGAUGAAGAUCCCCAAUCCCAGCAGGACUAUGAUGACUUCAAGAAAUGGUUGAACAAGCGCCAGCCUACUCCUCAGGAAACGGUUGAGGCUCGCAGGGCUCCCCAGGUUCCCAAGCAAAAGGCUGACGUUAGCUGGGUGUGCCAAUUGUGCAAGGAAGAUGCCACCAAGUGCGAUUGCCAAGCAAAGAUCAAGGAACUCAAGGAGAAGAUUGCCAGGAAGAAAGCUGAGCAGGCGUUCCUUGGCUAUCGUGGCAGUGGAAGUGCCAUGGACAACUUGGAAACCAUGCCCCUUGAAGAAGACAUACCACCUUCACAACCCCGGGAGCGCUCUGAGCUCUCCAUGAUUUCCAAGCCAAUGGCUCCGUCUACCCCCGAAGCAUGCAAAGCACCCGAACUCCCUGCAGCUCCAAGCAAGGUCCUCACUCGCGCCGAGCAGCUUGCGGCCAAGAAGAAGGCCAAGAGCGGUGCCGCCGAGCCUGAGCAAGAGGACAAGGGUAACCAGGGCAACAAGGGAGCCACAUCGGAUGACAAUGACAGUGGUGAUGAUUUUGGGUGUCCCACUGGGUUUAUGAAACGACCAGCUGCCAGGGGUAGACCACCAAAGGCAAAGGCCACUUCCAAAGCUGCGGCCAAGAGCAAGGCCAAAGCCGAACCCAAGCCCAAGAAGAAGAGUGAGUCCAAGAAAGGCAAGAAGGAGAAGAAACACAAGGUAGAGGAGGAAGACGAGGUGGAUGGUGAUGGAGACGUCGCCGAUGAUGCUAUGGAUGUCGAUGGUGACAAUGGUGAGAAUGCCACCCAGGACUACAAGAACUAUGAUGAUGGAGAUGAAUAUCAGGAGGAUGCCGAAGAAGUGAAGCCAAAGAAGGCGAAGGGAAAAGGCAAGGCCAAAGACAAGUCCACUCGCAAGAGAAAGAACAAGACGACCAAGACGACCAAGACUGAUGGUGAUGCUGUUGAUGAUGAUGAUGGUGCCUCCCCCGAUGCCCAUCCUGCCAAGCGGCCGCGUUCGAAGAAGCCUAAGGUGGCCCCGAAGGAUGCAGCAGCACCGAAGAGGAGGGCCAGAAAGAGCACUCCUUUGCCGGCAUCAGUGGAUGACUUGGCCGAUGAGACCAUGAAGGGGAUUGUGUUGCAACGAUUGAAAAGUGUGAAAUCCAUGAAUGUGGAGGAUCUUAAGGCCUACCUCAUCUCAAAGAAGGGUGACGUUGGUCAGGACAAUGCCCGGUUGAAUACUGAUUGGAGCAAGACAAGCUCCAGCAUUCGCUUGAAGCAUGUCGAGGGGUUUCCCACAAUUUGCAGUUUCACUUUCAAGACCGGCACGUGGAAUUCCCGCAUGGCUGCGGCCUACAUUUCCUCUUGGUUGAUGGCUAGCUGGAUCGAUUCUCAGCCAGAAGAAGUUCUGAGCAACCGUGAAGAUCCUACGUCUUACUUUCACAAAGAGGAGUCCAAGAUCAGAUUCAAUGCCGCCAAGGCAUUGGAAGAGUUCCACAGUCGAAGCUAG